AUGCCGGCAUACAACUCCAUCUUCAACCAGGACUCCUCCUCCACCACCUCGCAAGUAAUCGGCAACUUCCCGCUCCUGCCCCUCCGAACCCGCGUCCGUGGCCCCGCCUACACUUUACCCCUCGACGCCUCCUUACCCGCGCACCUCAGUCCGGAGCCGGAUAGUGAGAGCUACGAUGCGCUGGACGAGGUGCUGAGUCUGUUCCGGGCGAACACAUUUUUCCGCAACUUUGAGAUCCAGGGCCCGGCGGAUCGGCUGAUGAUUUAUGGGAUACUAUGGGUUAGCGAGUGCCUGGGGAAGAUUAGGCCUAGUAUGAGUGGGAGAGAGGCACAGAAAGAAGUCCAGAAUAUAGCGCUAGACAACAAUUUCGCGAUUCCAGGCGAUCCGGGAUUUCCUCUGAACCAGAUGUUUAACCCCCCCACCAAUCGUCAAGAAGCCGAAAUCCUGCGACAGUACCUUGCACAAGUACGCCAAGAGCUCGCGAGCAGGCUGCUAGCGAGGAUAUACGAGGAUGGCACGGAUAAGCCAAGUAAAUGGUGGCUAAGCUUUGCGAAGAGGAAGUUUAUGGGGAAGAGCUUGUGA